AUGGCCACGAUGACCUCCGUCGCCGCCCCCGCGCUCGGCUCCGCCCUCCGUCGCCCCGCGAGGACCGCGCGCCGCGUCGUCGCGCGCGCGUCUUCCCGCCCCGCGCGCGUCGUCGCCGCCGCCGCGGACGACGCGGAGCCGAUCGAGAUCGUCCUCAAGGUGGAAGGCAUGAUGUGCGAAGGAUGCGCGUCGUCCGUCACGGAAGCGUUGGAGGCCACCGGCGCGGUGAGCGGCGUGGAGGUGGAUCUGGAGUCGAAGCUCGUGACGGUGUCCGUGCCGUGCGAAUCGCAGAUGGACGGCCUCGCCGCGAUGCCGAAGCUCGUGGACGCGGUCAAGGGCGCCGGUUUCGACGCGGAGCCGGAGUUUUAA